GCGGCCCUGGUGAGGUAUCACAGCAUAUGGGGUGCGCUCGCCACUGCACCUUUGGCUUUCGCUCCAGCAACACCGAGUCCACACCAUUAUGCUUCAAUAUUCGCCGUUGUCAGGUUACGCAUUGCAACUUUCUUCAAUGGCUGCGCUGGACCCGAAGAUUCGACAACAGCAACUGACAUACAUCGCACAGCUGGGCGCGGACAGUGACUUCACACUGGAUACAGAUGCGGCCACCACUGCAGAGUUCACCCGCCUAGCAGUGGACUAUCUGGGAUGGGUCAAAGGCGGCGAACAAUGGUGCAGACACUGGAGGAAGUGUUUUCAAGAGGACUAUCGAUGCAAUUGCUGCAGCGGCAAUCUUUCGGGCAGCCAUCGGCCCAAGUCACCACCAGUGGCAGCAUUGAAGCGCUCGAAGCUAUCAAGGCCAUCCCUACUCGAACAGAUCUCGAGUGAGAGGACGCGGGUAUAACGGGGAGGCCUCGGCGUAUCGGUGUUUGGAUUUACCAGUGAUUUCGUUCGAAGCACCUUGCAGCAGCAUUGGCAUGUGCAAAUCUCCUUCGCCACACGCUAAUCGAUAAUGCAAUGAUUCCUUGGAAUGUGAGACUCACCGUGUCGA